AUGAGACUGAGUCAAUCUACUCUGGCCUUGGGCUCAUUCUUACUGCCAGGUGCGGUAGCAUGGGGAAGCUUGGGUCACAUCACCGUUGCCUACAUUGCGUCAAACUUUGUAAAGGACAGCACCACUACUUACUUCCAGGAUAUCUUGAAGAACGACACCGAGCAUUAUCUUGCCGGAGUAGCCACUUGGGCUGACAGCAUCAGAUACACAAAAUGGGGACGUUUCAGUAAGAAUUUCCACUUCAUAGAUGCGAAGGACACCCCGCCCGAUUACUGCGGCGUCGACUUCGAGAGGGAUUGCAAGGAGGAUGGCUGUGUCGUGAGCUCGAUUCAGAACUACACCUCCCAGCUGCUAGAUGCGGACCUCUUUCCGUGGCGCAGAAGCCAGGCUGCCAAAUUCGUGAUUCACUUCGUCGGUGAUAUCCACCAGCCGCUGCAUGUGGAAAAUGUCGCUAUGGGAGGUAACGGGAUUCACGUGAAAUGGGAAUCGUCGGAGCUGAACCUUCACCACGUCUGGGACUCGAGCAUCGCCGAAAAGAUGUUGGGCGGUAUUCACAGAAAGCCUUAUGUGGCGGGAUAUGCGUGGGCUGCCAAUCUAACCGAACAAAUCAAGUCCGGCAAGUAUGAGCUAGCUAGUAAAUCCUGGGCCGACAACAUCAGUCUAGAUGACCCUAUCGGCACCGCGAUGGGAUGGGCCAAUGAGUCCAACGCUGUUGUUUGCACACAUGUGUUCCCAGAAGGUCCCAAGGCAAUUGUCGGCCAGGAGCUCGCGGGCGAUUACUAUGAAAAAGCCGCCCCCGUGAUCGAGAUACAGGUGGCUAAGGCAGGGUACCGUCUCGCUACUUGGUUAGAUCUCAUAGCCGACAAACUCUCCGGUGCGGUCGUCGACGAACUAUGAGACGAAUUCCUUUAGGAAGGUUUGUUAUGCUAGAACUGUGGUUUGCAUAGAUGUUAUCAAUGUCUGCGGGAAUUAGGAAUGAGGAAUGGACUUUUUUGGAAACUUCGAUUUCAUUCACGUUUUAAGAGAAUUCUGGAUUGAACUCACCUUUGAUAGUACUUGAAGUAAUAUAUCUACUAGGCAGGCAGUGAAUGCCAUUAGCCGAGUCUUAGGUGCGGCCCGCGAAAAUCCUCUAGUGUCUUCAAAGGCGUUCCAGUUGGCUUUCAAGCCCUCUUAUUCCGUUAGACUCGGUACCUAUGAUGACCAGGGCAUAUAGAAUACAAAACUUUCUCGAACUUCUUGGCGA